AUGGCGCACACCUACUCCGCAGCGCCCACCCGCGACUCCCUCGAGCUCGCCUCCCUCGCCUCCUCCUCCCCCGCCGACACCUCCCCGCGCUCCUCCACCUCCUCGCGCUCCGGCGCCGCCUCCUCCCGCCGCCUCUCAGCCUCAUCCACAAACCCAAACUCCCCCACCGCCGAGCACCGCCCCCGCAACUUCCGCACGUACAGCGUCUCCUCCGCAUUCGACUUCAACGCGCACCUCGUCCCCCUCACCACCUCCUCCUCCUCCGACGCCCGCGGCCUCGCCUCCACGUCCGCCGCUGCGCCGGGAACACUCGAGAAGCAGAAGACGCUGUCGUAUCUGAAUGGUCUAUCAUUGCUUAUUGGCCUCCAGAUCGGAUCGGGCAUCUUCUCGUCGCCCAGCCAGGUCAACAACCACGUACCCUCCCCAGGCGUCGCGCUCAUCGUGUGGGCGGUGGCCGGCGUGCUGGCGUGGACGGGCGCCGCGAGCUAUGCCGAGCUCGGCGGCGCGAUCCCGCUGAACGGCGGAAGCGGGGUGUACUUGCGGCAUUGCUUUGGCGAGCUGGCGGGGUUCCUGUACAGCUGGACGGCGGUGAUAGUGCUCAAGCCCGGCAGCGCGGCGAUCAUUGCGAUCAUCUCGGGGGAGUAUUUCAACAGUGUUGUGUUUGGACUACUGCCUGGAGGCGGGGGAGGGGAGGAGGGCGGGGAGAGGGGCCAGCCGAGUGAGGUGGCGAAUAAGGUCACGGCGGGGGUGCUGCUGCUGCUGGUGACGGCGCUGAAUAUGUUUUCGACGCGGCUGACGACGAGGAUCUCGGACUCGCUGCUGUUUCUGAAGGUGGGCAGUUUGUUGGCGAUUACGGUCAUUGGCAUUGUGGUGGCGGCGACGGGGCUGAAUGGCGAUGGGAAGGGCGCGAGUCGGGAGUGGAGGGAGAUGGGCUGGUUUGAGAGCCGGGAGAGCGCCGGGGGUGCGGGGGGUGCGGAGGGCGCGGGGGACACGGCGGUGGGCGGGUUGGGCGAGUAUGCGAUUGCGCUGUAUGCCGGGCUGUGGGCGUUUGAUGGCUGGGAUAACGUCAACUUUGUCACCGGCGAGAUGAAGAACGCAAAGCGCGACCUCCCCCGCGUCAUCCACAGCGCAAUGCCCAUCGUCAUCACCUCCUACCUGCUCGCAAACGUUGCCUACUACCUCGUUCUCCCCGGCUCCACAAUCAGUCAAUCCAACACCAUCGCCGUCGCAUUCGGCACCAAAGUCUUCGGCCCCAUCGGCGGCCUCAUCUUCGCCCUCGCCGUCUCCCUCUCCUGCUUCGGCGCCCUCAACGCCACCACCUUCACCUCCGGCCGCCUCGUCUACGCCGCCGGCAAAGAGGGCUACCUCCCCCCCAUCUUCGGCACCCUCGGCCUCCGCCCCCCACCCACCGACAUCCCGCGCCCCACACGCCUCCCCCCCUCCUCCUCCUCCACCCCUAAAACGCCCAUAUACGCAAUGCUGCUCAACGCCGCUAUCACGGGCGUGUACAUCGCUGCGGGCGAGUUCGGGACGCUGCUGACGUUUUAUGGUGUCGCCGGGUACACGUUUUAUUUCUUGACGGUGCUGGGGCUGGUGGUGUUGCGGGUGAAGGAGCCCGGGUUGGAGAGGAGUUAUAGGACGUGGGUGAGUACGCCGAUUGUGUUUUGCUGUGUUAGUUUGUUUUUGGUGAGUCGCAGUGUGUUUGGGAGGCCGCUGCAGACGCUGGUGGUGUGUGCGUUUGUGGCGGCGGGGGUGCCGGUGUAUUGGUGGAGGGUGGGUGGCGGGAUGGGGGCGGUGAUGGGGGGGUGGUGGAAGGGACGGGGGUGGUGGGGGAGGGGACGGGGGUAG